GGAGCAAGGAGCCGGGAGAAACUUAGCUACUAGUGUGGCAGGGUCAUGAAGAAGAGGCGGCGGCGGGACCGAGGAGGCGGCGGCGGGACCGAGGAGGCGGCGGCAGGGGCGCGAAACUGCGGUAGCUGUCCGCUGGACAGGUGGUGUGGCCUUGUGGGGAGGACGUAGGUCCUAGCCCUCUCUCAGGCAGCGGCCGGGCCUCGGGACGGAGCGCGGCCGUGGAGCCGCCUCCCCGGGACCCCUGGCUCCGCCAUGUUCCGCAGGGCGCGCCUUAGUGUGAAGCCGAAUGUCAGGCCCGGUGGUGGCGCCCGGGGCUCCGCCGCUGCCAAGCCGCAGCGUGGACAGGAGGCCUCCAGGCCGCCGGAACCUGCCGCGGAGCCCGCUCCGAAGUCAGCGGAGCCCACUGAUGUGCCCGCGGCGGAUUUCGGGGGAGCAGAACCCCAGGAAAAGGUUCCCACGAGCAGUGAUGAAAAGAUUGGUGGUGAAAAUAAUGUUGAAGAAUCCUGUACAUCAUCAUCUUCUGUGUCCCAGAGGAGAAGACGACUCUCCAGCACUUCUAGUCUGGUUAAACCUAUUGUUAGUGUUCCUUCACAGUCUCCUCCCUUAUCUGCAGUUAGUCAAGAUGUUCCACAGCCAAACCCGAUUCCAACAAAACAGAAACAGCCAUGCUCAGACAGGUACCGAAUAUACAAAGCCCAGAAACUACGGGAAAUGUUGAAAGAAGAAUUGAGAAAAGAGAAGAAACAGUGGAAAAACAAAUAUGCCAUAAAUGAAAGCCAGAUGCCACCAGAUCGUUCAAAAAUGACUAUGAGAGACUUCAUAUAUUAUUUACCAGAUAACAAUCCAAUGUCUUCUUCAGUGGAACAAGAAAAGAAAACUGAAAAAACAUUGACUCCAGUCCAGACAAGAGACACACAAGAAAGUCAGAGUGCUCUUGAUGCUGAAGACAAUGAAGCAGUGGAAGAGACGGAUGAUGGGCCGUUGCUGGUUCCAAGAGUGAAAGUAGCUGAAGACGGUUCAAUUAUUUUGGAUGAAGAAAGUUUAACUGUAGAAGUUUUAAGGACAAAAGGCCCCUGUGUUGUUGAGGAAAAUGACCCUAUAUUUGAGCGUGGUUCUACAACUACAUAUUCCAGCUUUAGAAAAAACUAUUACUCUAAGCCAUGGUCCAAUAAAGAAACGGAUAUGUUCUUUCUAGCCAUCAGCAUGGUAGGAACUGACUUCUCCAUGAUUGGACAACUUUUUCCUCACAGAGAAAGGAUAGAGAUUAAGAAUAAAUUUAAACGUGAAGAAAAAACAAAUGGGUGGAGAAUAGACAAAGCAUUCCAGGAAAAACGCCCUUUUGACUUCGAUUUUUUUGCUCAUUUGCUCCAGAAAGUUCUUGUGGAAGAAGAGAAAAAAAAACAAAAGUCGGCUAAAAAUCAAGGUGUAAAGAAGAAAUCCUCCAAACCACAGAAAAACGUAAAAGUGAAAGAAGUUACGAGUGAAGUUGUGCAUGAUGAUCCUGAUGAAUGUGUCAGUACUAAAAUUUCAGACAUAGAAGGAUCUCAAAGGGACUCUGAGACAUAUGCAGAAAACGACUCUGUGACUUUAUCAGGGCAGGAUGCAGAAGCUGUAUUAGAACAAGACCAAAAUCAAACAAAAAGCAGAAAAAAGAAGAACCAGGAUGGAGCAGAUGAGCACAAAGUACAAAGUCUCUCAGGAAAUGCUGUUGUUCAGUCAGGUUCUUCUGAAAGAGGAAAGCAUAACAAUAAAUGUCAAUCUUUAAGGCCUGAGGUGAAUGAAAAUGAAUGCAGUAAGGAACACAAACUCUCUUGCACGCAGAACCUGGAUGAUAGUGUGGAUGUAGUCUUCAGUAAAAGAGCAGAGGAGAGAAAGGACUCCAUCCUUUUGCCAAGUCAUCAACGUGGUAAUAUACCAGCAACAAACAAGUCGUCUGAAUCCAGCCCUUCAGCUUUGUCUCUGCCAGAAGCUGGGGUCACAGCACUGUGUGAGGUGAAUCCUGCCAAGCAGAGUUGUACAAAAGAAAGAGAUGUUGACCAAAAGGGUGAAUCACUGGAAGCUGAUCAAGCCGAAAAUGUUAAACCAGUGUUGAGAGGUCGACUCCAGAGACCCAAACCCAACCUGUCAAGGGCAGCUGGGAAGAAGCGAGUUCUUUCACAUGGCAAAACAAAUGCAGAGAGUGAGAGUUCACAUUCAGAAACCUCCACUGAAAAGAAUCACAUUGAAAAGGAUAAAAUGAAUACAUUUGACAGUGGUGGAAUGGAGAAUGCGGAAAAAGAGAACCCAGAAGCUCAAACUAUGUCUAAUUUAAGUGAAAAAACUUGUUUCCUGGAAGAUAAUCAACCAGAGGUUACCAGACCUGUAUCACAAGUGAGGGGCCGAUUACAAAGGCCAAAGCCAAAUGUAGGGAAAACUGCAGAGAGAAAAGAAAGAGUCAGAUGCCGAAGAGGGAGUGGGGUCAAUGGAGAGGAGAAUCAAAAUGAAUCCUGUGUUGACAAAGAUAGUCUCAUAUCUCAACUGAUCGAAGAUCAAUCAUAUAAAAAUUUGGGAUGUGAAGACCUUGUAAAGCAACCUGAGGAAAAACAUGCUUCUUUUCAGAAUGUACAGCCAAAUGAGCACAGGACACUUAAUGAAUGUCUAAGCAUUCAAGAGGAUAAUCGAGAAAAUGUACUCAAAGAAGUCCCAGUUCUAAGAACUCAUUUUCCGAAACCAAAGCCAAAUAUAGUAAGAGCAGUUGGAAGAAGAGAGAUUCCUUCAAAGGAAUCAGUAUCAGAGAAGAGUCUUGUCUCUGGAGAAGCUGUGAGAGAACUUGUAAGACCAGAUGUUUCACCAGAGGAGAAGAUACCAGUGGUCCCCACUGCAGCUUCUAAGGAAAUGAAGCCAGAUUUACGAGAAACUGGAAGAAAAGACAUCUCUUCCAGUGAGAACAUACCAGGGGUGACUGAUGUUACUGUGCAAGUGGAAACAGAGUUGGAAGGAACUUCGAGGGACAGAUUAGUGGAAAUGACUGAUGUCACUGUGGCAAUGGAGACAGGUUUGAAAGCAACUGUGAUAGAGAGUCCCCCAAGGGAGAAGACACCAGAAUUGAUGGAUUCCACUGGGGAAAUAGAGACAAAUUUAGAGGAAAGCAGAACAGAAAUGUUUCCGCAGGGAAAUGACUCAGAGGAGGUCAUACCUGUAGGUGAAACAGAAACAAGAUCCCAAGAAACUCGAAGAGAGAUCCCCACAGGAGAGAGGAUGUCGGAGGUGAUUGAUGUCACUGAAGAAAGAGAGUCAGAUUUAGAAGAAAUGGAAAGAGAAAUAUCCAUCCCAGGAAAGGUCUCAGAGGAGGUAAAAACUAUAGGUGAAAUGGAAACAGAUUUGAAAUACCUAGAAGGAGAAAUUUCCCACAGGGAGAAGGUAGUAAUAGAUUUCAGUCCUCUAGGGGAAAGGGAGAUUAGUUUGACAGAAACUGGAAAAGGAGACAUUUCUCUGAUGGAGACGAUAUUAGGAAAGAUGACUGUCACUGAGGGAACAGAGGCACAUUUGAAGGAAACUGGAAGAGAAAUUUCUUUGAGGGAGAGAGGAGCUGAGGAGAUUGGUGUUAUUGAGGAAACGGUAGCAGAUUUGGAGACAACUGGAAACGUAGACCUUUCUCUAAGAGAAAAACUGGAGCAGUGUCCUACCUCAAGACAGACUGGCACAGAUGCAGUGCAGAAGAGCAGUGGCGACUGCAGCACUGGGCCUUCCCUGCACGUGGAAAAUAUUGCCAGUGAAGUACAGCCAGCGGUCCAUACAUCUAUAAAAGAAAGUAUUCCUGUAAAGGAAGUGUCAGAUCACUCAGGUUGUUUGAAGACUGCUUCACAGACAUCUGAACUUGGUAAAACUGAAGACCAGGGGAUACAACCUCCAGAUGUUUCUGAGCACUUUUCAGAUACUAAUUUAAGCAAAUCUCUUCCUCAAGAACAUAAGCCACUUGAAGUGAAACCAGUACCUUUUGUGAGAAGUCGAUUCAAAAGACCAAAGCCAAACUUAGCAAGAGCAUCUUCAAGGAAAGAGACUAUAGAAGCAGGGAAAUAUGUGCCUGAGAAGUUGGAAACAAAUCAAAUGGAGACCAUUGUGAUUCAUCAGGACAGUGAACAAGCUAAUCCUCUCCCUUUGCAACCUGAUGUGACUUUUCUAAAGGCAUCAAGAGAAAAAGAUAAACCAGGUUCCCAGAAGGAGGAAGCUGUGCUCUUCCAGUGUACACAUCCUGAGAAGAACCCAGCACCUUCACACACUUGUGAACUCAGAGAGGAUUCUCAGGCAACACACACCCAGGAAAAUGACUCACCUGUCCUCAUGGGGGUUCAAGAGAUAAACACUUUCCAACAAGACAUGAAGGAAAAUGUUACUCAAGUGGUUCUCACAACAAGGGCCCGACUACAGAGGCCCAGGCCAAAUGUAAGACAUGCUCGACAUAGGCAAGUAGUAGAAAAAGGUGAAGCCAAAGGAAUGAUUAAAGAUGAAAUGACAGUGCUACAAAAACAUGAAACUGACAAGAAAUUGGUGGCAGUGUCAAAUUCUCAAAUUGAAACUGAAAUUGAAAUUGUAUCCUCCAAAGUUUCACAAUGCAGUAUGGAUGAAAAUCAGAGUCAUGAGGUCCUUGCAGAAAGCCUACAUGUUAACAAAAAAAAAAUCUCAGGUGAAAAGAUGAGGCAUGAAAAUCAGCCAUGUGUUUCUAGUCCAGCAUACUUGAUAAGAAGGAAAUUCCAAAAGCCUAAGCCCGAUUUGGGAAGAGCCCGCAGUAGAAAAGUAGAAGAAGCAGGUAUAGACAAAGGCCCAGCAGAUCAGAGUGUAACAAGUAAACCAGAAAAUAAUUCAGUGCACCCAGGAAAUCCUGACACCCAGCUCCAUCUAAAAGAAGAAGCUGAAAUUGUGACAUCUGCAGAAGUUUCAGCAAAAGAUUAUAAAGGUUCAGAAGAGUCCAUUUUGGCCGAAAAAGAUGCUCAAUUAGAAGUUGCUGGACCAUCAGAAAGUAUUAGAGAGGAAACUAUACAAGAUAACUCUGUGUCUUCAAUCGUUGAAGAACAAUAUUUCAAUAAACUAACAAGCAGUCCACAACUGUUGAAAGAAUCAAAUUACUCUAGAACUGCUCUAGAUGGAAGAUCAGUGAACUCUGCUUCUCGGAGUGAGGUAGAUCAUGGAGAAAGGAAAAUGCAGAGGAAAGUCAAAGCCAGUGUCACCAAAGGGCGUGGAACCAAGCGAGCACGUGUUAAGACCUCCAGGAAGGAGCCGCGGGCUCCCAAGGCCAUGCUAGUGACUCUUCGGGCUUCCCAGGAAGAGGAUGAUGACGAUGCUCAGGAUUUUGAAUCUGACUAUGAAGAAGAGAACUGCCAUCUUGCCCCAGAGGAAGUAAACAAAGCACCAGUGUUUGUCCCUCUUGGUCUCAGAUCCCCUGAACCUGUUUCUGCUCAGGUUGAGGAAACAAUGGAAGAGCUUGAAAUAACGGUGAAUGUUGCAGAUGUCGGAUGUGUAACUGUUGUUGAACAUCAGCUCUCAAAUGCAGAUGUGACUAUUCAGAAACUAGAGCAAGAAUGUAACUUGAAUAUGCCAUUUGAAAUGACCACAGGUGAACACACCCAGGAUGAAGCAGGUCCCAGUGAUGGAAGCACGGAGGCAGCCAUAACCUUACUCACCAUGGGAGAACUGGUACUGCAGUCGGAGAUGAGCACGGAGCAGAAUGAUGUAGGAGUAUGUAUAUUUCCUGAUGAUCAUUCAAAGGAUAAAAGUCAUAUUUGUUUUAGCCCAGAUAAUUUAAGUCAUAAAAUUGUUCAUGAAUGUCAGGAGCUUUCUUCAUCUGUCAUUAAUACAUCUGCAUCUGAAGAAAAGGAGAGUGUAUCAGAGGAACAGAAUACUAAAGAAGAAGUUGAUUUAAAGGAGAAAGCAGUGGAGAGCACAUCAACCAGGAGUAUAGCUUCUAAAGUGGAGAGUGAUUUGCAAAUAAAAAGUACAUUCACCAGGCCUGAGCUGAAUCUUGACGCUUUAGUGACCAGCAGGGUUGAUGCUCUUCAGGAAGUUUCUAGUUUAUCUGAAAGGGAAGAAGGGGAAAGUCAAAAAGAAACUGAGAACAGUGCUUCCAAAGCAAUAGAAGUGGAAUGUAAGACCCCUGGACUAGUCAUGACAGCAGAGAGUCAGGAGCAGAACCAGUUGGCAUGUGCGCAGGAUAUCAGAGUGACCAGUAUUUCACAGGAAGGAAGCCCAGCCAAAAGAAAUGAGGAUCAAGAAGAGAGCUCUCAAGAGGUUCAGAUGUUGCCAGUUGCUCCCAUUUUUCCCUCUGAGGCAGGGCCCCCCACACUUGUUUCCAGUCUCGGUGAGAAUUCUGUUGAAGAACCCUUGAUAAAGGAUGCUAAAGGAGACAGCAGGCCCACUCUUCAUGCACCAGAGUGCAUGCGAGCUAGUAUUCCAGAAGUGCAACAGGAGAAUAUAACCAACACUCAAGAUCCAACAGUGAAUCUGUUUGCAGAUGUACAUCAGGACGGAGAGGAUGAGCAGGCAUUCAUUCUAACUUUGGUGGAAAUCCCAGCCAGUGCCGUGGAAGAAUUCACUGAUGCUGCUGUACAGUUAACGCCAAACCCUGUGCUGCCCGCACCUAUCCUGGUCAAAUCUGGUAAUUCUGAAGAAAAGGGUGACAUUAGUAUGACCUUACCAGUAACUUCAGCUGGUGAAGCUGCUGUAUGUUUAUCUAAUUCUGGAAGAGAUGAUUCUGAAAAGCCUACUGCUAAUUUGCAGCUUGUAUCUAGGAAGAGGUUUCACUGCAGGCUUGAUAAAAGUGACCACAUUCCUCCUGCCAAAAAAAGUUUACUCAUUGCGACAAAUGAUCUGCAACAGUAUACCUCUGAGGUGUGUUCAAAGGAAUCAAACGUUUUCAAGAAAACAGUGAAAUCUUACAAGGAACAAGGUAUUUCCACCACCUCAAAAAGCACACAUACAACUCCAGAACCUCAAAAAGAACAACAUGAACCAGCUUUUCAGAAUGCAGAAUCUAGAUCUCUUGAUGAAGAAAUAAGUACAUGUGUAGAAAAAAAUAUGCCUCAUUCAUCUCAGGAUGAUGUGGUUAUAUCUGAUAAAGAAGGAAGAACUGAUGGUGCUUCUGAGUCUGAACAGAAGGGAGGCAGAACAUCGUCUUCAAAAGCCUCACUCUCCAGACCUGGCAGAAGACCACUGGGAUUUUUAGCUUUAAUAUGUUCAAAGAAUAAUUUGGAGUCUGAUGAACCUACUCGUGUCCAUAGUAAAAAGCGCUUAAAACCUCUUCUACCUAUAUCAAGACGGAAUUUGAAAAGAUCUAAUCCACCUGAUGAGACCCAGAAAAAAAAUAAGGAGUCCUCUGAUGUGCUUCCAUCUCCAAGUGAUGUCACCAGUACUCAAGCUGAGGAUACUAGCAGUUCUGCAACUCAGGUUUCUUGUGAUCAGCCAUCACUAAAAGAAGAAUGUGAAAGCGGCCGAAGGCGUGCACCUGAAACAGAGGAAGCCACCACAGUCUCAGAAUAUUUCUUCAAUGAUAUCUUUAUUGAAGUAGAUGAAGCAGAAUAAAACAGUCUUUGGGUUUUUUUCCUCUUAUUUUUUUUUCCAUUUUAAUUCUGGGAUUCCUAGAGCCACUUGCAACAACAAAGCAGUUUAGAGAAAGGCAUCACUGUCUGUUUUUCUUUAGGUUGGUUUUUAAUAUUUAGUGAACUUGAUUUGAAACGUUCAUAAUCAGUGGAAAACAUUGCUGAGGUUCCUCUCAUUCUGGCUGAUUGGGCUUUUUGGAAGGCACCAAGCAGUGGUGGCCUCUGAGAGAAACAGCGACCCUGUUUACAUUUCCACCCUGCUUGCUCUGGUGCUGAUGCUGACGGUGACGUGUGGACAUGUGUGGGAUUGUCAGGGACAAAUGUUGGGAGAAAUCAGUGCCAGCUUACUGGGAUGCCAUUGUAUUUAUUGUUUAGCAAACUUCUUUUUGUAAUGUUUUGUUCUCUUUCUUUUUCUUUCCUUUUUGGGGAGAAUGAGGAAGGCAUUUUCAGUUGCCUCCUAAGUGUACAAAAGCAAAUUGUGAAUCUCCACUUUAGUAUGUGACCAUUACAAAUUUUCUAUUGUCAGCUGUUUGCCUGAAAAACAUAUUUUUGUAUUUCAUAGUUAUGUAACAUUAGUCCUAAUUGAAGAACUAGUAUUUAAUAUUUAUAAAGAUGACAAAUCAGAGUUUAUUUAUUUUUAUUUUUUUGUACUGGGGCUCAAACUCACAACCUCGAGCUUGUCAGGCAGGCAUUUAUGCCUCUAAGCUAAAUCCCCAGCCCUUAUUUUAAAAUUUUUUAUUUAAAAGGAUACUCAAUUUUAAUUAUUUUCUUUUUCUUUUCUUUUUUUUUUUUUUUUUUUUUUUUUUUGUCUUUUUCCUUUUUAUUGGUACCGGAGAUCGAACUCAUGACUGCCUGCUUGCAAGGCAGGCGCUUAUGCCGCUGAGCUAAAUCCCCAGCCCCCAAUUUUAAUUAUUUUCACCCCUCAGAUUGUGUGUAAAGAAGGCUUUUUAAAAUUUUUUAUUUUUUUUGUUUUUUGGUACCGGGGAUCGAACUCAUGACCUCGUGCUUGCGAGGCAGGCACUUACGCCACUAAGCUAAAUCCCUGGCCCAAGAAGGCAUUAUUAACAAAUUCAUAUUUGCCUCUUUUCCUCUUUUUCCCUUUUAAAGAUAUUUACAAUAAUAUAACUAGAAAUUUUGGGAUAGGUUUUUUUUUUUUUUUUUUUUUUGAGACGGUCUUGCUAUGUAGUUCAGACUGACCUUGAACUCAUUAUGUAGCACAAGCUGGCCUCCUACUCAGAGGGAUAAUCCUGUCUCUGCCUUCUGAGUGCUGAGAUUAUGGGUGUGUACCACCAUGCCCUUGUAUAUGUAUGUUUUGAGUACUUUUUUCUCUCGUAGUGUAGUGUAUUGAUUUGGAACUGUGAAUGUUUUUGCUUUUUCUCUAUUUUAGAUAAUCUCAGGAUUUUCAGGAGGAGAAAAUCUCAACUUCUGUCUCUAAGGCAAAUCUCCUUUACAUACACACACAUACAUACUCCUUUUUUAAAACCACAAUUUCUUAAUAUUUUUUUACCCCAUUAAAUUAUAGUCAAGGAACACUUAGACCAUUAAGCACAAGAUACAAGCAGAAGUAAGGUGAUAAGACUUUUUUUUUCCGGUACUGAGAAUCAAACUCACAACCUUGCACUUACCAGGGACGUGCUUAAGCCUCUAAGCUAAAUCCCCAGCCCAAAGAUUUUUUUUCUUUUGAGACAAGAUCUUGCUAUUUAGUGCAGGCCGUUCGUGAACUCACUUAUAUGUAGCCCAUGUUAGGUUGAACUCAUGAUCAUCCUCCUGCCUCAGGCUUCUGAAUGCGGGGACACAAGACUUUUAUGAAGUUAGUAGUUAUCAAUAUUAAUUUAAAUGAUUUUACUUUUGAAAUUUUAUGCUUUAUGUGUGUAUGUUCCAGAGAUAUAUGUAAUGUGUGCAUAUAUAAUAUAUGUGUAAUAUCAAUCUACCUGAGCAAAUUUUUCCGAAACAGAUUUCUCAAAGAGCAGAUAUAUUCUGAUUCCAUUUGGAAAGUCUCUUAUGUUGCAAAUACUUUAGCUCAGGAGUUGCAAGAUAAUUUUGGGUUCUCAAGCUUCAUGGUCUCUGGCAGCUCCUUAGCUCCCCUAUUUUAUGCGGAGGCAGCUGCAGGUCCCCCUCCCCCUUCAAAUGAAGGGCUGUGCCUGGACUAUGUUGAGCUUGGUCCUUGCUCUAGAUAGUUCUCUUUAAGGUGCUGAGAGCUGUGUGUGAGUUAUUUGUCACUGAAACUCUUGAGUUAUACCUACAGCUGUGUUAAUAGCUUUAUGAAUUUGUGGUAUUUCAAAUGGAAAAGUGUUGUAAAGUCUAAAUGAUUUUAGUGUUUGUAUAUUGAAAGAUGGUGGCCAUUUUUCAGGCUCCUUAGUAAAAUGGACAGUGGCCCAGUGAGUCCAACAGUGAUGGAACUCGCUCUUAGAAUUGUUCUCCCUCCUUUCUCCUCUUUCCCCUCUCUUUCCUUCUCUUCCCUUCUUUUCCCUUCUUUUCCCUUCCUGAGACAGGGUUUCUCUGUGUAGUUCAGGCUGGCUUGCACUCACUGUAUAGCCCAGGAUGGCCUUGAACUAAUGAUGAUCCUCUUGUCUCAGCUACUUGAGUGCUGGGAUUACAGGUUUGCAUCACCACGCACAGCUUCUUAGAGCAUUUCUUACUUGUUGCCUUACAGUGAAAUUUCCAGUUUCACUUUACCAUUGUGCCGUAAAGGAUGAUCUAUAAAUCUGAGUGGAAAUUCUGUACAAUUAUGCAUUUAUUUAUUUCAUGUGAUUCAUAUAUCAAAAAUCAUGGAAUAAAUCACAUCGCAGUUUUAAUAAUCUGUUUUUGUAAAUUUUUAAGUAUCAUUCCGUAAAGGUAUCUUUCUGUUAGUGUUAGUGUGGGUGUUGGAUUGCCAUGACUAAACUAUUUAUCCCUGUAUAAUAUUUAUUUUUUAACUUUGUUAAUAUCUGUCUCACAGAUGUUCAACCAAUUUUAUGGAAGAUAUGAUUUCUUACUCUGUAAUGGGUGCAGGGACAUUCAUUGUAUGAAGAAUCAUGUCAGUCAAACAAUUGUCCUGUUCUACCCUAUAAACUAACCUUGGAAAAACAGAAACUUAUCUAGUACAUUUAUCUUACAAGGUGGAAAUAUCUGUGUUAAAUCUACUUGAGGUAAAGAUGUUACAAACAUUUAUAAAUCUUAAAGGAGACGUGAUAAAAAGUGUUUAUAUUUUUCUCCUGAAUGCUUAUAUCUUAACAAGUGACCAGCAUGAUGGUUUAAAAGCCUAAUUGUUGGUAAAUGAUUGAGGCACAGGUAAAAACAGUAAUAGCCACUGUUUACUACCAUAUUAAAUACAGGUGACCAUGUAUAUAAUUUUGCUUAAAAAUGUCUUUGAUGAAAAAGCAAUACUGUCAUAUGUAAAUUUUCUUGUUUUAAAGAAAGCAGUUAUGUUCCAUAGAUAUAAAUUAUGUAAAUAAAAGUUAUUUUAUACUA